AUGACUUCGUUUAAGAAGACCAGAGAGCUUUUGGCAGGAUGCUAUUUGGCCGACAUCAUUUCUGACGAAGAAUUCGUGCUCCUCUAUGACUGCCGCUUUUCAAAGAACUUAGAAAUACCGUAUGAAGAGUACGGAAGAUUUAACCUCGAAGAAAUGGCAGAUUCAGAGUGCAGGGCAGAGUUCCGCGUGAAUAAACGCGACCUGCCGCUUUUAGCAGAGUGUUUACAAAUACCAGAUGCUUUUGUAUGUAACCAGGGCUCCGUUUGCGAGGGUAUGGAAGCUCUUUGUAUUCUACUUCGAAGGCUUUCAUAACCUUUCAGGUACUCAGAUAUGAUACCGUGAUUUGGCAGACCAGCCCCCGUGUUGAGUAUGGUGACCAACAAGGUACUCGAUUUUAUCUAUGACACCCAUGGACGGAGAAUCAAGGAAUGGAAUCACGACCUUCUGAGUCCUGCAAGUCUACAAACUUAUGCAAAUGCUGUGUAUGCAAAGGGUGCAGUCCUUGAAAAUUUUUUUGGAUUUGUGGACGGUACUAUUAGGCCAAUUGCACGUCCAGAUGAAAAUCAAAGAGUUGUGUACAAUGGGCACAAAAGGGUACAUGCCCUGAAAAAUUUGAGUCUGUGGCGCUACCUAAUGGUAUCAUAGCAAAUAUGUAUGGACCCGUAGGUGGGUACUUUUUUAACCAAUUUUAACCAAUACCUAAAGAGUCCUGUUAUUAUAAAAAAAAAACUCAAAACUUUUCACUGUUAUGAAUUUCAGAGGGAAAGAAGCAUGAUGCCAGCAUGUUGGGUGAUUCUAGUGUGCUUCAGCAGCUAAAGUGGUAUGCACGUUCUCCAGCAGGACAUCCUAUGUGCAUAUAUGGGGACCCUGCAUACCCCUUAAGGGUACAACUUCAAGCCCCUUUCAGAAAUGUAGUUCUCACUCCACAAAUGCAGGCAUUUAAUUCGUCAAUGAGCUCUGUAAGGAGUUGUGUGGAGUGGCUCUUUGGUGAUAUAGUAAAUUACUUUAAAUUUAUCGAUUUUAAGAAAAACCUGAAGAUUGGGCUAAGUAACAUUGGAAAACUCUACGUAGUAUGUGCUGUGUUACAAAAUGCUCUCACCUGUUUAUAUGGCAAUCUUACCUCAGAGUUUUUUGAUCUUCAUCCACCUACACUACAAAAGUAUUUUGCAUAAGAAUGUACUAGGUAAUUUGAAGGUUAUGCUUGUAACUUGUAAUUGCCCAAACACAAGGUUUGAGGAGCAUGUGGUGAUUUAAUUUUGUAUUUGGUUUACUGUUUAUUUCCUGUGUUUUUGUCUUUGGUAACGGUAACAAAAACAAAUUAAAUCAAAAUAACCACAUUCAAGUCUUAGGGCAAUGCUUAUCAAACAUUUUAAACAUUUCCAGGAAAAAGCAGGGGGUACUAUGUCCAUUAACCACCCCCUCCCUCCCCCCCCGCCCACACACACACCCACCCACCCUACCAUUUCACUCUGUGACCAUGAAAUAUUCAAAGAAAUUCAAGGAAACUAAUCAAAAAGUUUAUUAUUUCUUGCCCUAUAAGUUUACCUUUAUCAUGUAUUUCGUGUAUUUCAUUCUAUAUUAAAAGCACUCAUGGCAAUGUUCGAAAAGUAGUUUUUUUGCUAAUUAAAUAAAAACCACCUCAAUGAAAAGACAAUCAACAGUCCGGAAUAUCCCUAAAUUUAAGGACAGGGCCAACUGGUCAUGCGACACUUUUCAACCAAUGAGAAGGCGCGCUUGUGUUUAUCAACAAACAAAGCAAAACAUCGCCCCAGUGAUCAAAAACUUUCAAAACCACGGACGGAGUCGGACAGAAUCAGUCAUCGUUUCGGGGCUCUCAGGCAUAUUUUUCAGACUUUUCAUGAGGCAUACACAAUUUUUUAAGUGGACAGCGUAUCGGAAGCCGUAUUGGAAGUGUCUCGUGAAAUAUUCAGCACAUUUUGGGGCUUAUUUCUUCUUUUCUCUCUUAAACAACGCGAUGUAUGGGCGAGAUUUUAGUCGGUUUUCAAGGUAGGUGAACAAGUAUCUAUUAUUUUUUUCGAUUCACAGAUUUUUUACGAAGUUCUAGAUAUUUUUUCUCGAUUGUCAUAUCGAUUAACUUUUGUCAUGUUGAAUGUGGAGAUGGUAGACAACCUAGAAUUUUGGAAGACAAUUUUUGAAUUCCGAGGUCCAAAAAACGUACGUUUUCCACUCCCGGGUUUCUCACAGAGCCGUAUUAUUACUUUUUUUCGCAUUAGUACGAGCCUUUGCCUUUUUUCUUUUCAAGGCCAAAACAACUUUAUUAGUCUUAUGGAUCUGAUGGAUAUUCACGUCCAACAUCUCGCCUCACUUUGCCGAAUUUGCGGAGAUGAAAUUGAAGAUCAUAAGCGCAAGGUAGAUACUAACCGCUUUGUUUCUGAAAUUCACUAAUCUGGAAAGAUUUAAUGUUGUUGGAUUCUCCAAAUGUUCAUCCACCGCUAAAAAACAAUCAAAGAAACAAUGCAAAUCUCAAUUAUAAAUGAUGUAUUUCGCAACUCAUUGAACAUGCACUGAUUAUCUGGGAUAAAAUUAAAACAUUGCAGGUACUACAGCAAGCAAAGAAAGCACCAGAGAGCACCAGAUGCGUGAAGUAAACGCGAAACAACACAAAAAAACAAACAAGAAAAGUUCAUAAAUUUGAACUACUUUCCAUUCUUGUUAUGAUGACUGGUUCUUUGAUUCUUGUCCUGUAGAAGUUAAUGGGUAGUACAAUCCUGUUUUGUACGAUCUCAACAAAUUUUCACACUCUCUUUAAGGCUAUUUUUACACGGGACCAGUUUGCUUCUAUCAAAAAUCUUGCAAGCCAUGCCAGUGAAACCACGACCUCUGCGAUCGGUCCGGACUCAAUUCGAACACCCCAAUGAUUCCUUGCAAUGGCUAAUGCUCUUAUUCUAUUACAUGAAAUGUUUUCUUUGAAAUAUUAAAUGUGAAACCUAGACUAGUAUUGUAAGCUCAUCUUUAAUUCUGUCUGACUCCGUCCGUUGUUUUGAAAAAUUUUGAUCACUGGGGCGAUGUUUUGAUUUGUUUGUUGAUAAACAGAAGCGCGCCUUCUCAUUGGUUGAAAAGUGUCGCGUGACCAGUUGGCCCUGUCCUUAAAUUUAGGGAUACUCCGGACUGAUCAAUGGUUUUUAUUGCUGUUACCAUGCAUGGAAAAGACAAAGAACACAAAGGGAUUUCCAUCCCAAAAUACUAUCAAGCGUUUCAAAUUUUAAACAAGUUGUCGUAACUUCAAGACAUGACAUGGAUCAUACAUUUAAGUGUAGAACUGUAGAAACAAGCAAUCUGAAGUAAACAAUAAAAGUAUGUUUCGUGAAUGCUUUCAUCGCAAACAAAAUUAACCGUCUUAUUUUUCUGCAAUUUUUUGCAUGAGGCCAAACAUCAGACUCAUGAGUUGAUUGCUCUGUUGUUGUUGCUGUUGUUGUUGCUGUCGUUGAUUAGCAAGUGCUAGCUCAUAAAGCCUUGUUUGCCGCUCGUGCUCCUCCCUUCUCGCUUUCUGUUCUUCUUGUUUCAUUGCCAUAUCAAUGUUUGCCUUUUCCCUCAGAAACUCUAUUGUGUCAUUUCCACCCUUUCUUGACCUUUUCUUCUUCGGCUCUGACGAACCCUCACCUUCUCCUUUCCGUUUCAUCGUUUCACCCAGCUUUUCGCACGCCUUCUUUCAGACCUCCUAUCCCAUCGCUCUGUCUUCCUCUGUCUUUUUCCUGUUAUUCAGCAACAAUAUAUCUUGUUCAUCCGCUGCUUCCCACUUCUCGUUGAUCUCCUCGAGGGCUUGGUCCAGCUCUGUUUGCUCUACUUCCACUCAACUAUCUCUCCGUUCCUUCUGCAUUCUUGCGCGAUACUUGUCCAGUAAAAGCUUAAGAUGCUCCCUCACCGAUUUCUUUGUGACAAGAAACCUCAAUGUAGCGUGCGAAUUCAGGUUGUCUGCUAUUGUUUGCCACACUUUUCCUCUUUCAACUGUCCUCGCCUUUAG